AUGGGCCUAUCAACCGCAAAGCUUCAGACAACUGUAGGUCCAUCAACCACAAAGAUUCAGACGACUGCUGAUCUACCUACCACAAAGCUUCAAACAACUAUCGGCCUAUCAACCACAAAAAUCCAGACUACAAUGAGCCUAUCCACCACAAAGCUUCAGACAACUCUAGGCCCAUCAACCACAAAGAUCCAGACGACUGCUGAUCUACCUACCACAAAGCUUCAGACAACUCUAAGCCCAUCAACCACAAAGAUCCAGACGACUGUUGGUCUACCCACAACAAAUGUUCAGACAACUACUGAUCUAGCUACUACAAAGAUCCAAACUAGUGCUGAGCUACUCACGACAAAAGUUCCCUUUACUACUAGCCAAUCUAGUGCGAAAGCUCAGACAGGAUGCUUUUCUCCAAAAGUAAUACUUAUUCCCAGUGUAUCAACACUAUCAUCACCAACGCAAUUUCGUCGAAGUCAAGAUUUUACCAUAAUUUCAAUAAUUGAACUGAAUUGUAAUAAUUCAUUAUUAACAAGUUCACAAUGGACAAUGAAGAAUUGUACUUCGACUUGCUUACAACAAAUUUCCAUAGAUCCCACAAUUCCGACAACAUUCAAUGAAUUGUAUAUCCCUGCGCGAACUUUACCUUAUGGUGUAUAUGAAGUCAGAUUAACAGUUACGAUGACUCAAAUGCCAAGUUUAUUUUCCACUGAGGUUACUUAUAUUCAAAUAACUCCAUCAGGCAUAACGGCAAAUUUAGUUCAAUAUGGAACAUCAAUGAUUACACGAGGUGAUCAGCAAGACCUUCAGUUAGAUCCAGGAAGUUAUUCUGUUGACCCAGAUCAAAAUAGUUUCAAUGCUAGUGCAUGGAAAUAUCAAUACUAUUGUCGAAUAUACGGAUUAUCUAUGUUUCCAAAUUCGCAGGGUUCAUUGUUGACAAUUGACGACAUGAGAAAUGAUUCAUCGAAUCCGUCAUGUUUGUCAUUGAAUCGAGCAGGAUGGAGGUUUGACAAUUUCAUCAAUUCGUCUUUGACAAUUCUUGCCGGGACGUUGCAAUUCAAUCGUACCUAUCAAUUUAUGGUAUACAUGGAAAAUCGUCGAAAUUCUUCUCUUCAAGCUACUGGAUACGUUCUUGUCAAUGUCGAAGAAACUCGUCCACAAAUGAUUCUCAUAGGCUGUGUGAUAUGGACAAUGUGUCAGCCAAAUCUCGAAUUUCAACUUGUUAAUCCGACAACUCAAGUUGCUUUGUUUGCAGUUUGCAUGGGAAGCUGUUUGACAAUUCAAAAUAUCACGUGGAAUAUCUACCAUGGUUCAAUGAAUUCAACAACGAAUUUUACCCGGUGGAUUUUAUUCGAUCAAACAACAUCAUAUCAGAAUAAUUGGUUUUUCGGUACAAACACGUGUAAUUUCACUGUUGUCAAUCAAUUGUUUUUGUCCAAUCCGGAUAUUGAACUUUGGCGAUUUGAAGUCGUUUACACUUUUACAUCGGAAACAAGUUCAAGUUCAUUGAAUUUUGUGAUCAAUCAACCACCACGAAAUGGCUCAUGUUCAAUCAGUCCUCUCAAUGGAACAACAAGCACUUUAUUCGAUGUUUCAUGUCCAGAUUGGUUUGACGAAGACAAAAUUAAAGAUUACACUAUUUACGGAUGGACAGAUAGUUCAACAAAGAAAAUGAUCGUUGCAUAUUCGACAGUACCAAUAUUUCAAGUUCGCCUGCCACUUGGUGAUAAUCAAACAUCCUUACUUCAUUUGAUUGUUGAUAUUCGAGAUGAACUAGACUGUAUUACACAGUACAACAUUUCUUCUGUAACUGUGCUCGCUGAUUCAGCGGCUAUUAUCAGUCUAGUGAAUGAUAUUCAACAUUCACCGACAAGAAACCCGAUUAUUCAAUUGCUCGCAAGUGGAAAUCAAAAUGUAGUCGGACAAGUGAUUACUUCAGUCUCACUACAGUUUAAUCAAAUGAAUAAUGAAAAUCUUGAUCAAGCAAUCUCAAACGGUGUUCCGAUGGCAAGCAUCGUCAUUUCAUCAUUAAACAGUCUGCAUGAACAACAGUUAUCAAUGUCAUUGAAUCAGUCAGCAUUGGACGAAUACAAUAAGGAACUAAAUUCUCGCGCAGCUGCACGAGACUAUCUCAUCAGGUUCACACCACAACUAUUAAUAACAACAGUGAAUCACAUCAAAUUACAAGCAUCAACAUUAGCGCAAUUAACCCAAGCAACCAAUGAACUGACAAGAGAAACUUUAAAAACGGCUUCUAACCGAUGUUAUCAGUUAGCAUUGACUUUGGAAUCCAUGAAAGAAAAAACGUCAUACGACGAUGUACAACAAGCUUCCCUUGAUCUUUUUCAAUGUGCAGCGAAUCUUUUGAGCGCUGUUAAUGGACCGUUGCAACAGCGAACAGCCAUCCUCAAUUUAGAUUUUGAUCGAGGCACGAAUUUUCCCGAUGAUUAUGAUACGAAUCUUGAACUUGAAUGGGCUAAGCUAAGUCUAUUUGCUGAUGGCGAUGAUUUUUCGUGGGAAACGAUACAAAAGAAUCGAAAUCUAUAUUAUCAAAAACUAUUGGCUAAGCAAAUCAGCGAUGAUAUGACCAAGUUGAUUUCGUUAUUAACAUCAUCACUGAACAUCAAUUUGAAUGUUGGACAAGAUUUCAACAUCUCCACAGCACAGAUAUUGAUGUCAUUGGAAACAAAAGUUAGUCAAUCACUUUCAUCUUCAUAUACAAAACAAAUCGGAUAUGGGCAAGUUCAACUUCCAGAUAAUUUCAGUUCUUAUCUUGGCGCAAAUGAAAAAAUCUCCAUUCGGUCCAUGAUGCAACCAUUGGCUUCAUAUGGUAAUUCCAAAUUAUCAUUCAACACAAAUCUAUCAAGAUCAUUAUCAUUUUCAAUUCUUGAUCAAAAUCAAAAUGAAAUUCCCAUCCGAACACCCACUAAUCACUCUAUCAAGUUGAUCAUUCCUCGUGAUCCCAAUCUUCUCAUUCCAUCAAUGAUUUUGUAUAAUGUCACUUCGAUGAACUCGACACCUCAUAAUCUCAUUUUCAACUAUCAUUAUUUGAAUCUCUCUUCAACACUUCCCACUUCGGUCCACUGGCAGAUUCAACCAUUGAAUAUAGCUGUUGCUUAUCUGUUCAUCUAUCGAUUUGAUCAAACACCACAACUGAACAGUUCCACGAACGACCUCGAUGGAUGGACACUUUUCUGUCCUAAUGACUUAACGAAUGAGAGUAUUUACACAUAUUUUGUCGAUAAUCAACGUACUGCUGGUCAUCAAUCAGUGAUAUUUGGUCUCCGAGAACUGAAUGAAACAGAAAUGGGUCAACGAUGCUUGAAUAUAUCGAAGGAGAAUCUUCCGAUUACAAAUGAACCAUUUCAUUUUACAUCGAAUUAUCAAUUGAGAGCUUAUACAUCGGGUUGUUACUAUCUGGACGACGACCAACAAUGGAAAUCCGAUGGGUUAUUGGUUGGAUCACCAACCAACCUUUAUCAAACAGAAUGUCAUUCAACGCAUUUAACAACUUUUGCAAGUGGUUUUGUUAUUUUUCCUAAAGCGGUCGACUGGAGUUAUGUGUUUGCCAAUGCUGAUUUCAUGAAGAAUAAAACUGUGUACUUGACGGUAAUUUGUGCUUCUGUGAUUUACAUUAUUUUGAUCGUUUAUGCACGUUACUAUGACAAAAAAGACGUUGAAAAAUUGGGUGUAACAAUUCUAGCUGACAAUCGCAAAAAGGAUCAAUAUUUCUAUCAGAUCAUCGUAUUUACCGGCGGUAGAAAAAACGCUGGGACGAAAUCGAAUGUACACUUCAUCUUACACGGAAACGAUGAUCAAACUCGGAUUCGAACAUUGGCUGAUUCUCAUCGUCGGAUUCUUCGGCGAAGUGGCGUUGAUUCAUUUCUCAUGAGUGUUCCCAAGUCCUUAGGACUAUUGAACUGUGUUCGAAUUUGGCAUGAUAAUAGUGGCAAAGGCUCAUCGGCAUCCUGGUUUUUGAAGUAUUUAAUUGUUCGUGAUCUACAAACAAUGGAAACGUUUUAUUUUAUUUGUCAACGAUGGUUUGCUGUUGAGAAUGAUGAUGGCAAAAUUGAACGUGUCUUGCCUGUGGCAGGCGAGCUCGAGACACGUCAAUUCUCAUUCGUGAUAACCAAGCGAACGUAUCAUAGCAUUUCCGAUGGUCAUUUAUGGUUUUCAAUCUUCUCACGCCCACCAUCGAAUCAAUUCACUCGCGUUCAACGAUGUACAUGUUGUUUCGUUCUUUUCUUUGUUUCCAUGUUUCUGAAUAUUAUGUAUUAUGAUUUAUCAAAUGAAGCAAAAUCAACAAAUGCAUCAAGCAUAUCAUUUGGUUCGCUUUAUAUAUCUCCUCGACAGGUUGUUAUUGGUAUUAUUGUGGAAUUCUUUGCUUUUAUUCCAAGUUUGCUGCUUGUUCAGUUCUUUCGACGACUUCACUCCCGUCGCAAACGACUUUCACCCGUUCGAAAAGCUCUAUCGCAAGUUACGGGAUCCCUUCAAGAUAAUCCUGAUCGAAAGUCACCAUUAACCUUUCCGUGGUGGUGUAUAUUCAUAGCUUAUGGUUUAUGUGUAACACUAGUUAGUCUUUCGAUCCUAUUUAUCAUAGCUCGUGGCAUUGAAUUUGGUGAUACAAAGACACAAAAAUGGCUCACAUCGAUAUUAAGUGGCUUCGUUUCCUCGAUUCUCUUCACUCAACCAUUGAAAAUCGUGGUAAUGGCGAUCUUCUUCACUUGUUUUUGUCGAAAAUCUCAGAAAGAUCGCGAAGCAAAUGAAUUCCUGGAUGAUGAUCAGAUUGGUUUAGAAGCAGAUGAAGACUAUUUUCACAAAACUGAGAAGAAGUCGAUGAUUGCUCGUCCAUCUUCGAUUCGUCCUGGUCGUUUGAGUGAAGCUGACCUCAUUCAUCUUCGUCAACAACGUCUGAAAGAAAUUCACAUGUGGACAGUCAUUCGAGAAAUUUUGAUGUAUAUAUGUUUCAUCUCCGUUCUCUACGUGAUCGUCUAUUCCAAUCCUUAUUCAAAUGCAUUCCUACAAGCCAAUCAUCUACGAAAAUAUUUUCUCAAUUCAAGACAGACUGACCUAGAUUUGACAAAAGUGUCGACGAUUGAUGAGUAUUGGCAAUGGUUGGAGAGUAGCUUUGUUGAAAAUCUUCGCGCACAAAAGUGGUACAAUGGCGACCCACCUCGCAAUCUCAGCGGUUUUAUCAAUGAUAAAUCUCAUCGAUUAAUUGGAUGGGCAACCAUGCGACAACUACGUGUCAAAUCCGAACAGUGCCGAAUAGUUUCGACAUGUCACGCCGAUUAUAGUUUCUUCAACGAAGAUAAACAUUCAUACACGCCAACAUGGCUUAAUGAAACAUUGCGAGUGUCCGAUUCGCCGGUUGAAAAAGCAUUCACAUACCAAUCUAGUGAUGAACUCGAUACAUUUAUUUAUGCUGGAAAUUAUGCAAGUUAUGGAAGUGGUGGUUAUGUGUAUGAAUUUCGUGGUGGUUUCAUAGAUGUUCAGAAUAAUAUUUCUCGACUCCAUGCACUUAGAUGGAUUGAUGAAAAAACACGAGCUGUGAUUAUUCAGCUCACUCUUUAUAAUCCAAAUGUUCGGUUGUUCACAGCUGUGACAAUCCUGGCCGAAUUCUUAUCAUCAGGUGGAGUGUUCACUUCAGCUCGAUUUGAGCCAAUUAGCUUUGACGCAUUUGUAUCACGUUCUCAAUUGCUUUGCACUAUUAUUUACAUGUUACUGGUAGUUUAUUUCAUGUGGAUUGAGUUACGAUCAUUCAUCGAGUUGAAAAGGAAAUAUUUCUGUCAAUUCUGGUCUUACGUUCAACUUGGACUGAUUGUGUGUUCCUGGACAAGUGUUGGUAUCUAUACUUGGCGCUAUAACGAAUGUCAACGAAUUGGUCAAUUGUUUUCUGAAACCAACGGAUAUGUUUACAUUAAUUUGCAAUUCGCAUCGUAUGUCAAUGAUCUACUGACAUAUCUAUUGGGUUUUUGUUGUUUCUUCGGUACAAUUCAGUUGAUUCGAUUGUGUCGUUUCAAUCCACGCCUGUGUUUGUUUGUUCAUACGCUUCAACACUCAGCGAAAGAGCUACUAUCGUUUAUGUUGAUGUUUGCAAUUAUGUUCAUGUCAUUUCUUUGUCUAUUUUAUUUGCUGUUUAUGUCGCAGCUGCCGGAAUGUGCAAGUCUGUUAGGAACAGCACAAAUGUUAUUUGAAAUGACAUUGAUGAAAUUUGAUACACAUGACUUGAGUGAAGCUGCAGCAUUUCUCGGUCCAUUCUGCUUUAGUUUAUUUAUUGUGUUCGUGGUGUUUAUUUGUAUAAGUAUGUUUUUAUCAAUCGUUGCUGACAAUUUUCGUCGUGUAAGAGCAACUCUUGAUGACAAAAGUGAUGGAAUAUUUUCAUUUAUGUUCGAACGAUUUCACCGGUGGACAGGUUGGAAGAAAAUAACAGAAGAAGAAGACAUGAAUGCUGAAAGAAAUCAACGAUUGAGUGGACAGUAUUAUCAUCCGGCUGACAUGUUGUCAAAAAAGAUUGAUGAAUUACUAUAUGCACUUGAUCGAGUAUGUAACCUUUUGAAUUUGAAAUUCUAA